AUGCGCAUCCACGAGAGCGGAAUCGACCACAAUUCCGACACACCAACCGCGCCCAUUAUGCUUAGCACCACCCUCGCACCGUCCAUCUGCGCCACCACCAACGCCUCCUCUGUAGCUGAUUCUGACACCGCCAACUUCACGUGCCCACACUGUCUACGCACACUCACCUCACGCAUCGGCCUGGUCGGUCACUUGCGAAUCCAUCGCACAGAGACCGGAGAACCAGUGCCUGGAGCACCAACCAAGCUCGUCUCAACUGUCCACACUGUCCUCGCACUUUCAGGCACCGCAUGGGCCUAUUCGGCCACAUGCGCAUCCACGACGACCUGCGGUAGACAACCGCCGGUCACACCACACAUUCCCUCACUCUCUGCCUCCUAA